AUGGCUUCUAGAAGGCUUACAUCUGCAGGCAUGUGCAAACCGCACCCCCCGCGUCAACGGAGCAAGUUGGAUGCCGCCGCCAGGCCUAUCCUCGCACGCGGUCAUAGCAGCACACUUGUUCUCCCUCUUCGCUUUCUUCUCUGUACCCUUUUUUUCCAUGGCUCCGAUCCGGCGGCUUCAACGAUCACGAGAUUGCCUACUGCCAUCUCUCUCAGGGAGCACGACGCGAUCGCCAAGAGCAAGGGCGACGGCGAGGCCCUGACCUGGGAGGACCUGGCGGGCAUGAAGUUCACGUGGCGCGCCGCGCAGGAGAUGCUCCGCCUGGUGCCCCCGAUCUUCGGCACCUUCAGGAGAGCCACCAAAGACAUCGAGUUCAACGGCUACGUCAUCCCCAAAGGGUGGCAGGUGAUGUGGGCGGCGGCCGCGACGCACAUGGACGGGAGCCUCUUCCCCGAGCCGGCCAAGUUCAACCCGUCCCGGUUCGAGAACCCGUCGGCGCCGCCUUGCUCGUUCGUCGCCUUCGGCGCCGGUCCCAAGAUCUGCGUCGGCAUGGAGUUCGCCAGGGUCGAGACGCUGGUGGCGAUUCAUUACCUGGUGAGGCGCUUCAGGUGGAAGCUCUGCUGCAAGGAGAACACCUUCGUCAGGAACAUCCAGCCGACGCCGCUGCACGGCCUGCCGAUACAACUUGAGCAAAAGGCAGCAUCGCCAUGAUCAUAUACAUACACGAUCGAUCGUGAAGAGAUAAUAAUAUACUACGACUUCAAAGAUAGUAAUAUAAAUAUACUCCUCGACGCUGUGAGCCAUCCGAUCAGGGUUGGACGUUAGUGUUGUGGCCUUGGUGUCUAGAAAUUGUAAUAAAGUGGCCCAUGCUCUUGCCACUUUGGGGCGUAUAUGUCCUCAAAAAUAGGAAUGCAAAUUGGUGAUUCUUAGACCUCUAA